UCAGCCGCCGAGCGCUGCGACCGCGUGCGACACACAUUUCGAACCAUCUCUAGUCAUGUGUGAUGUUUUCAUCACGGAGGGGAGCAUCAUCUAGCUUCCGAACUCGAUAUUUUGCAAGAUGAAUGAAUAGACCACUCGUAUUUAACGUUACACGUAGGAAGCUGUUACCGUUGGCUUCCCAGGAGGACAGCUUUCGCCGAGUGUCUGGUUUUUCUCGUAAGCUCGUGGCCGUUGACAUUGCAGCGUGCGGAUCCCGCAGUGUGCGAGUGUGUGCUUAAAUUGGCGAAUAUAAAAUCAGCUGAGUCACGUAAACAUAUGAUCUAAUGGGACUGUUGAUGAUGGCUUCGGCAAAAUUUCAUUGAACUGUUAGACCGGCACCGAAAUAAUUCCGAUAUGCAGCGCUCAGUUCUUCUGCUUCUCCUAACAGGGACUGUGCUCGCUGUUGAAGUUCAUUUCGAAAACAAAGAUAGCGGGUUUUUCCUCAAACACACGCCGAGAUGGAAUGGCGCCGGGCCACCUCCAGAGCCGAUGGGCACGGCUUUACCGGGAGCAUUACUUUCGCUCGACCGCUUCACCGUGUUACAAGGUUCAGCCCCGGCGUCAGUUCGUGCGACUUACGGACCGUUUUCUACAAAACAGACGGUACCAGCGAGAUACGCUGUACCUGAUCCCUUGGAACCACCGAAGAGAAAUGCAACGCUAAUGGAAUUACAAGAAGCUACGGCACAUCGACUAGACGUGUCCGCUCAUCUUGUAUUUAGAGAAUUGCCACGAGAUGCACCAGUUUUACGAGUAUUAUUCCACACUGGUGGGGAAGGUGGUGCACGAAGAGCGGCAACUCGACCUCGACGUGUUUGUAUAACUUUACAUGCAAGUCUGGGGUCUAAGUCGCUAAUGGCUACAUGUGGUCCUGAAGGAGAAGAAGGCGCGUGUCUAGCGGAAUUAACAGUUCCUGCUGCUUGGUGGCCAGCUGAUGGGAAGGGUAAAAGACCACCAAGAACAGUGCGACUUGCAUAUAGUGCUACUGAGGCAGGCACUGGGGAAUCAGGAGAAGAUGCUUGUGGCAGAGUAUCAGUCCAGCCAGCGUGGCCUUUAGGGUCUGUGACUUUGGCUGGCGCAAGAGCAGGGUACAGGGAAGCCCGGGCUGGCGAUGCGGCUCUACUUCUCCCAAGAGCACCGUUAUAUCCUCAUUCGAGAAUUCACCUGCCUUUUGUUGUCCGGCGAGACAGCACCCACACUAUUGGUCACGUCGUCAUCAGAAUGAAGGUGAAGUCAGGUUUACGAUUGCUGAGCGUGACAGCUGCUAACUCUCGCUGGGCAGUCACUGCAGAGGUAAAGACCCGCUCUGCGACAGUCACCGCAACGAGGCUUGAACAGCCUUUAAGAGAUGAUGAUGAACUUGAUAUGGAUGGUGACGAGAGUAGUGGUGCUGGUGGACCAGGAUGGGAGGAAGUUCUCACGUGGCUUGUAGAAGUGGGGGCUGAAGGAGAAGGAGAUGCAGAAGGGUCUGAGGGUGAAUCAGGUAGAGGUACUGCAAGGCUGAGCUGGUCAGCUAAAGUAUCUUCUACGUCAACAACUGCUUCGACAACGGAGACGUCUCCUCAUGAGCACAGAGUCAACACCCGCCUUGACAUCGAAAAAGAUGAUAUUCAAGCCGUUUUACCCAUCUCAAAGAACUGGGAGGUGCUGAACACGGCAGUGCUAACGGGCCGUCAGGUGUCGCAGUCUAUGAAAGUUCUUAUAGUUUCGCAAGCCGGGCAAGUUGCUGACGUCACACUUCAGAGUUCCUGCCACUCCGAGGACGAGAGUGUGCUGAAGGUAUCGUCCUCAUGCAGCUCGGUGUACGUGGACGGCUCUGAGAUCCGCGGCUCGUCUAAUGCUUCCGUUAUUGUUAAAUAUGGCACGUACACUGGUCUGGCGAGAUUUACAGUUUGGAUGCCCGAGAACCCUCUUGAAAUCGAUGUCGAUGAUAACAGGCUGUCACAAAUUAAAGGCUGGAAGGUGUCUGAUGAUGCAAAUUCGAAGGAUAGGUUGCGACGCUCGCUUUCGUCCCGCGGCUGGGGCGGCUCUAGGCCAGACAAUACAAACUCAUUGACAGAUCAACGUUCGUGUCGAUUGCGUUACCAGCAAAGUAACGUUGAAGUUUACGCCCGUUUUCUGGCCAAAGACCACGACUCGGGGCGGGUGUCUUACUUCGUGUCGCGGCGCACGUGGCUCAAAGUGACCGAGCUAGUGAUGUCGUUAAUGCGCGUCGCCGACCUUCGCAUCGCCACGUUACGUGGGAAAGUACUGCAGGGUCGCAGCACAGGCCGCACUGAAGUGCAAGUUCUGUCGCCUAUCACAGGUCGAGUGAUUGGUCUCCGCGAAGUCCGCGUUGGCAAUGAUAAAGUAUCUAUAUCAAGGUUGCUAGUUCGUGUCAUCUCAGGACUUCAGUUGAACAUCUCUCCAGACACGGCCAUUGAGAAUGGAUACGUGUCUGAAACAACUGUCACCAGGCGUCUUACAGCACAAUACCAGGAAGGACUGUUAGACAUUGAUCUCGAGUUCUCAGAUGGAAGUCGCACAGCGUUACGAGAUGUUGCAGUGUCCGACUAUUUCUUGUUGGUUGAGAGUCUUGAUCCUGAGGUUGUAGCGUUUGCUCCAAUGUUGGCAUCCAAACAUCCAAGAGUAAUUGCCAUUGGUGAAGGUAGUGGAGAACUUCUACGUGUAACAUUGUUAACACCCGAACAAUGCCGUUCGGGGCCCCUGCGACGCGUCGCACUCCCCGGCAAGGGUGACACCAAAACUCCAGCCAACAUUAAGAACAUUCCUGGCGCCCUCGCUACCGCCGCUGCCAGCGUUGACGUGGACUUUAGUGGCGGUGACAUCCCGCAAAGGCCAGACACGCCACAAAAUGAUGAUAUCAUGGCCCGUGGGGGACUCAGGAGCGGCAUGUCCGAGCUUGGAGAGGUGCUUAAAGGAAUAUCGCCAUUCAAGGAUGAGAAUAACCACGAGCCAACAGUGCAGGCGCAGCACUACAAUUCAAUCUUCCGACCCAAUUCUGCGCAGCAUCCUCGACAGCACCAAACACCGCAUAUGACGCCUGUUGAAAUCGGAAUGUACGUUCUUCUCGGAGCUUUCUGCUUUGCGAUUGUGGUGUUCGUAGUAUCGUGUGUGGUGUAUGCCUCUCGAUUGAAGCCUGCCGGGACCGAGGGCGGUGGUGGCGUCUGUCGCAAGAUGCCAGCACUGGCGGAGGGAGGACGCCUGCAGGUCGCCGGUCUUGUCGGCACCACUCUUGGUCUUGCACGUGACAAGCCGUCUCGAGAGUCUACCACUAAUGCGCAUGAUUGGGUUUGGCUUGGUCGAGCAACCAUCGAAAGAAACGGAAACCGUCACCCAGCGAACCGCAAUUCGACGCAACCCACCGAUAACGGCAACCACGAGAUCAGAAUCACCGCCAACCCUUUGAACUACAACUACGUGGACCCAGACGACGCGAUUCGCGACAAUGGCAACGUGAUGGUGACCAGCUUCGACAACCCUAACUCUAUCGAACUGCCUUCGCAGAACGAUCGAAAAGUUAUCGAUACUACGACUUAUUGCAAGAAGCCUGCAAGGCACACCCGUCAGCAUUCAGGCGAUGUUCACUGGCAGCCGGACUCAAACGACCCAGACGAUUACCGCCCACCAGUGCCACCGCACAGGAACUCGUCAACAACCCCGCAACCACAAGUGCCAGUGCCUCCCAGGAACCCAAGCAAAAUUUUGCCAGAGACCGUCAUGCCUCCAACAAGACGGAGCUAUUCCAGGAAUCAUCACAAAAAACACGACCGAGAACAGGAACCUUCCAAGAGAUCACCGGAGAUUGGCCGCCCAGACAGAAUUAUUAAUCUAAACAAAACCGACGCCCCAUAUAUAUCGAAACGAGACAUGAAAGAACAAAGCAAACGAGAUUCGGCCUCAAUGCAAAAUCGAGCCAACUUAGAAGACAAUGCUGUAGAACAACUCACUAACAAAGACGAUUGCGCGCGAUUGUUCGAGUUUGACAACGACGCUCCGCUCAUCAUGGAAAACAAGGAUUAUAGAGAAAUCGUGGGCCUGAACAGAGGCACUGACGACUCGCGACGCACCUUCGCCAAACCAGAAAGUCCUGACUACAUGCACGACUCCGGAAUAGGUCUCCCAGAAAUACAAAUGAGACACAAGAAUAAAAAUAAAGACACAAAAGGCGAUUUCGUGGAUGCAGUCAACCAGAACAAAGGAAACAACUCGCCAGAGGUGAAACGCGCCACGAUAGUAGGCAACCCGAUGUUCUCUCGCGAGGAGGCGGCGUCCCGCUGUGACGCGCCCGUCGAGUCUCUCGGCCUCGACGACCUGCACAUGGACUACGAUCAAAUCAUGCACUAUUUCCACAACCUCAAGGAAUCAAACGCCUGAGUAGAGCAGAUCAUUGCAAAGAUCCGGCAGAUAUUGUCUACGUUUAAAUAUCAGCAUAUCAUCAAAGCUCCUCCAAUCGACGUAUACAAUGCACCCACUAAUACGUCCGGGGCAGCCGGCCAAGAGGAUACUACUAACGACUUGCACAACAACAACGUAGCGCUCCCCGCUAGCGAGCACAUAUACGAGAACGUUAGCAACGGGAACGUCGUCGCUCCCACGCAAAUGUUGUGCGACUCCAUCGCCCACAAGAACGAUUUCAUGAAACGGCAACUCAAGUUCUUGUUGGAGCACUUGAGCGAGCCUUACGAGUAACGUUGUUGGUGGCAGUCCUGGUAUUAUCCUCUAUACAAUAUGUGUCUAAAAGUGGAUCCUUGCAGUGAUCGAAAUCGAAAAUAAAAAUUGUAACUGUUUUAUACAUAAUAUUAUCGUUAAACAUAUUUAUAAUCUAGUCAUCUAUGAUACAAAGCUGCACAUAUUUAAAGUACCUAAUAAUGUUAAUUGUGUGCAUGUAGUUAAUACUCUUAAAUAUGUCGGUAAAUUAUAUAUAUUGUACACGCGAAAUGUUGUAUGUAUAUUGAUAAAUUGUAAUCUUCUAGUUAUGGGCAUAAUUAUUGAUAGUAAGCAGAAUCUUUAAAAUAACAAAUACAUAACGAUUCGUAAACCUUCAGCAAUUGUAUUUAUGGGAGGUUCGGAUACCAAAUAUAAAAUCUUGCAUUCGUUUUAGAUCUGUACAUAUUUUUCCACUAGAUUGUAAAACGCUACCUCACUUUUAUCUUAUAGCUUAGCGAAUAGCUGUAUGUAUAUGCAAGAGAGGUGUAAUACAUGUUAUAAACUCAGUUAUCGGUACACUAUUCACAUACAUUUCUCGCCAUGGUAUACACUCUGAGGUAAUAGAUAGCUGUUAAGACUGUGAAAUGCCAGUGUUUAGGAAAUUAACUUAUGAUUUAACUAUAAAGUUAGGAUAAGACACAGAACUAGUCAAACAUAUUUAUUUGUUAUUUAAUCCGAACUAUUUAAUCUAUCCACCUGCAUCUACUGCAACAUCUGUGUACGUUCCAUAAUGAUUGUUUUCUAUAAACAUAAAAUUUAUUUAUUUUCAUGAUUUUCAGGCUCGAUAAAACGAGAUGUUUACGAUAGAACUAAACAUAAUUAGAAUCCCUUUAAGUUAGUACUAGGACUUGUAAAUGUUAAAGUUUAAAUGGGGCAUAUUAUUGCGCGCACGUUAAGCUGCCUCUGGGUAGAAUUUCUAAUCAGUGGCGGGUGAGGGCUCUAAAUUGCGUGAUUAGGAACGACCUAGUAUGGUACUUUUCCAUAUUUGUAGCUAUUUCAGAAAUUAACCAGCAAUGAUGAUGUUUAACUUGGCGUGUGCGUAUAAUAUGACUUAUUCUUGCAGAUGUUGGAUGUAUGUAGGUAAAUGUACUAAAUCAUUGCGUGAUUAGAAUUGAUAAAUUUUUAUUUUGCCAAUAAAUUGCCAUUCUAAUGCUACGGUUUCAAGUUGUGAUAUAUUGACUGCUAGGAAUUGAUUUUACGCAGUCUAUCUUAUAUAUAAAAAGCCAUAUCAUAUAUUAAAACCUAGCGCUUGUAUAAUAUUGUAAACACUAUUAAUUUAUUGAAUAUGUACAUUGCAUUUAAACUGUAAGUUAGAUAUUUAGGUUGUGUAAAUAUUGUUAUGAAGUUAUAUAAUUUAUAGGUAUGUGGAGAUGACAACUUAAAACGACAUAUGUAUUAUGUGGUAGUUAGAGGCUUGACACAAUACGAACAGAGUAGAGUUGCGCAUAGUAACAUGUCUGUUUAUACGUACACUGUACACUUAUAGUAAAUGUUUCUAUCUUGUGUGUUAAUGUGAUCAAAUAUAAAUACAAUAUAUACGUUAGAAGCCAAGCAAAUGCAAUCUGCCGUGCGUCGCGUUGAGACGCCCCAGCUUCCUGUAUAUUCGUCAAUAACGACAUCUAAAUACUAAUAGCGUGUUGUUUGGCUUUUGUCGUUAGGUUAGAAGUCAUAAGAUGUAAGUAGGUACUCUACGCUGUAGUAUUUGUUACUGUAACCUUUGUUUUUGUUGAGUUUUUGCCAUAAUUGUAUGAACGGAGUUUAUAAAUAAUUAUUGCUACAAGGUUUAUACAUGUAUGCAAACCGACGCUUGUCACGAAAACUCUUUCAUGAAAUGUCAAAUUUAAUAAACCAAUAUAAAAUAA